AUGUCGUCAAUAACUACUACUACUGCUGCUGCUGCUGAUGUAUCUUCAUCACGACCUCAAUCAGCAAAUACAAAAGAGAAAGAAGAAAUAUCUACACAAAAAACAUCUCGACCACCAUCUGCAUUACAAAAAACUGCAGCAGAUACAUCAACAGCACCACUAAUUGCUGCUUCUGGAGCAGGUAUAACACCUAAUGCUCCUUCUGCCGAACAUGAAGAACCAUUUUUACCGACAACAAAUUUAUCUGAACGUCCACAAUCGUCAGCAGAUACAUCCGACAUAUUUCAAUCUAAAUCUGUAUUAGAAAAUAUGUCUCAAGAUACAAUUAUUCGUCCAUCAUCAGCCGCAAAACUCGAUCCUACUCUUAAUUCUAUUUCUGAUUCAACAACUACUGAACCAAAAACGUCAAGACCACCAUCAGCUAGUCAAAAAAUAGAUGAUUUAGCUUCGCAUGAAUAUACUAUUGCUUUGACAAAUUCAAGACCAGCAUCUGCUAGUCAAAAAAUAAAUGAAGUGACAACUACUUCAGGUUCACGACCAUCAUCAGCAAAGCAAACAUUUGAUGAAUCACACACAAACGAUUUAACGACGAAUAUUUCAACAAGUUCAAGACCACCAUCCGCUAGUCAAAAAAUAAAUGAAGUGACAACUAUUUCAAAUUCACGACCGUCAUCAGCAAAACAAAAAACAGAUGAUUUAGCUUCGCAUGGAUGCAUUAUUGCUUCAACAAAUUCUAGACCACCAUCUGCUAGUCAAAAAAUAAACGAACUGACAACUACUUCAAGUUCACGACCAUCUUCAGCAAAGCAAACAUUUGAUGAAUCACACACAAACGAUUUAACUGCAAAUGUUUCAACAAAUUCCAGACCGUCAUCAGCCAGUCAAAAAAUAAACGAAGUGACAACUAUUUCAAGUUCACGACCAACAUCAGCAAAACAAAAAACAAAUGAUUCAAAUUCAAGACCACCAUCAGCUAAUUCAAAAACAGAUGAUUUAGCUUCGCAUGAAUAUACUAUCGUUUCAACAAAUUCCAGACCAGCAUCUGCUAGUCAAAAAAUAAAUGAAGUGACAACUACUUCAAGUUCACGACCAUCAUCAGCAAAGCAAACAUUUGAUGAAUCACACACAUAUGAUUUAACUACAAAUAUUUCAACAAGUUCAAGACCACCAUCAGCAAGACAAAAAACAGAUGCCUUAACAAAUUCAAGACCUACAUCAGCUAAUCAAAAAUUCACUGAAUUAAAAGAUGACAAGCCAGCUGUUGUUCCAAUAAGUUCUAGACCAUCAUCUGCUAGUCAAAAUACAGAUAUAACGACAUUAAGCGAUGCUUCUAAUAGUACUGCUUCGAUAAAUGUGGUACGACCAUCAUCAGCAAAUCAAAAAACAGAUGUAACAACUGAAAAUGAUUCUACAGCUAUUCGACCAAGAUCAAGACCACCAUCCGCAACUCAAAAACACGAAGAAAAUACUUUAAAUGACUCUAAUAUUCAACAACAGAAUACGUCAGUUCUGUUCAAUACAAAUGAUUCUAAUAUAACACAACCAAUUAUCGGACGUCCAUCUUCAGCACUUAACAAAACGAUUACUGAAGAAAAUACACCAGUUGAAAUUACUUCCUCUACAUCACGUAUUGGUUCAGCUACAAAAACUUAA